AUAUAUGCCGUACGUGCGGCGGCGGGCGUUCAAGCGCCCGGGAAAAACUUGUGUCUAUGUCCUUCUUCCUUCUCCUUCCUUCUUCUUCCUCUGGUGAUCUAGUUCAGAGAGAGAGAAAGGUGCAGCGAGAGAGAGAUAGGUAGAGCUAGGGCAUAGCCACGGUUCCAACAAUUGGUAUACAGAGCUUCGGUUCGGGCGAUCACCGGCGACCAUGGCGUUGGUUCCUCACGGCGGUGGCGCGGGUGGAUCGGCAUCGAUGGCAAUGCCGAUGCUCACGGUGGACAACUACACUGUCUGGGCGAUCAAGGCGCAUGCCAUCCUCGACGUGCACACCGUGUGGGAGGCGGUGGCGCCGGGCGAUGCCGCGGUGAACGCGCGGAAGGACAAGUCGGCGCGCGCGUUGCUGCUCGUUGCGCUGCCGGAGGAGGUGUUGCUGCAGGUGUCGACGAAGCUCACCGCCAGGGAGGUAUGGGACUCCUUGAAGGUGAGGUUCAUCGGCGCCGAUCGGGUCCGCGCGGCGAGGAUGGCGACGCUGCGCGGCGAAUUCGACCGCAUGAAGAUGGCGGACGGCGAGGAGCUCGAUGUGUACGGCGGGAGGCUCACGGCGAUGGCGGCGAGGUAUGCCAACCUCGGGGAGACGCUGGGCGACGCAGCACUUUUCAAGAAGUUGCUGGAUACGGUGCCGGAUCGCCUCUUCCCCGUCGUCGCCGGCAUCGAGCAGUUCCACGACGUGACGACGAUGGCGUUUGACGAAGCGCUCGGGAGGCUGCGCGCGUUUGACGAGCGGGUUCGACGCCGUGGACAAGACGGUGGCGAGCGCGGGGGUGAGCAACUGCUCAUGACGGCGGCGCAGUGGGCUGCGCGGGAGCGUUGACACGGCGGUGCUCGGGACGACGACGACGGCAAGAGCAUGGCGUCGAGCAGCGGCGGGAACCGGCGCGGGCGCUGCUACAAGUGCGGCCACUUCAAGAGGGACUGCCCCAAGCUGCGGAGGGAGCCGGCGGCGGAGCACGCGCUGCUGGCGGACGUCAUCAGAGUUGAAGACGGCGGACUCCUCUGAGCCGUGGCUCAGGGGGUGAGUGUUGGAAUAAAGAGCCACGGCCAGAGCGUGGCGGCCGCGUGAUCGCGCGCAGGGCGCGACGGGCGUGGACCGGAUCGUGCUGGGUCCGUGGGUCAGGGGUGUGUGCGUGCGUGCGUGAGUCAGGCUGGUGCGUGCGUGUGUGUGCGCGGACCCAGCUAGCGUGCGUUGGUAGACCAGGAGGUUACGGGGAUCGAGAGUUAGGCGUGAUCGCUGCGGGCUCGUCGCGAGCUGCACGCGUACGUGCGCGAGGUGGGCGCGAGCUGA